CGGUUGCGCAUUUCCGUUGUCAUAACGUCACUUCUGGAUGUCAAUAUGCGGCUUGUUGCGGCGCUGGGAAACAGAACCACUGGAAAGAUGUAAACCAAGUAACCUGCGAAGACCAGCCUCAACACAGACACUAAACGUUAUCUCCGGGGAAACAGUACCGUCAGUCCUAUAAACGGAACCGCACCAGCGGACCGGUCGUUAGGUCGCUAUCCCCGAAGCAGCGGAGCUUCUGCCUUAAAGCAGCCAUCUUUUGUGAGAGAAUGUACGGGGCGACGCGGCGGGCCUGCUCGGGCUCUGGUCGGGGCCGGAGCCUGCUGAUGCUGGUAACCGCUCUCCUGCUCUCGGUUAUCGGGCUGCUCUCCGGGCUACCCGGCAUCACCGAGGCGAAGGAAUGCGACAAGCCUUGUAUGAACGGACAGUGCAACACCGCUACUGGCAGCUGUGUGUGCUUCCCCGGCUGGGUUGGGGACCAAUGCCAGCACUGCGGAGGGCGAUUCAGACUAACGGGGCCCUCCGGUUAUCUGACCGAUGGACCAGGAAACUACAAGUACAAGACCAAGUGUACCUGGCUUAUCGAGGGACAGCCUAACACCGUCCUCCGAUUACGAUUCAACCACUUUGCCACCGAGUGCAGCUGGGACCACCUCUACGUGUAUGACGGAGACUCCAUUUACGCCCCCCUUCUGGCUGCCUUCAGCGGUCUUAUUGUUCCUGAACGUUACGGGAAUGAGACCGUUCCUGAGGUGGUGUCUCACUCCGGCUACGCCCUGCUGCACUUCUUCAGCGACGCCGCCUACAAUCUGACCGGAUUCAACAUUUCCUACAGGGUGAAUACAUGUCCUAACAACUGCUCCAGUCGUGGCGAGUGUCGUGUGGGGAACUCCACUGGUUCGGUAUACUGUGAGUGUGAAGCCAACUGGAAGGGGGAAGCCUGUGAUGUUCCCUACUGCAUGGCUGACUGUGGCUACCCUGAGCGAGGUCGUUGCCAGGGCAAGACUUGUGUUUGCAACGCCGGGUGGCAAGGUCCAGACUGCUCCGUCUCGGUGCCGGCCAACUCCUCCUUCUGGAGCCGGGAGGAAUACACGGAGGCCGGGCUGGCCAGGGCUUCCCACAAGGCCGUGGUGGACCAAGGCAUCAUGUGGGUCAUCGGAGGCUAUGUUUUCAACGCCUCUGACUAUCACAUAGUUAAAGCGUAUAACCUCAGCAACAAGACGUGGCUGACCCUUGACCCCUCUGUCAACACUGUCACACCAAGAUACGGCCACUCACUGGCUUUGCACGAGGGAAAGAUCUAUAUGUACGGAGGAAAGAUAGACUCCACUGGAAAUGUGUCCAGCCAGCUGUGGGUUUUCCACAUCCAGAACCAGACCUGGGUCCUCCUGAGCCCCCGGGCCAAAGAACAGUACGCUGUGGUGGGACAUUCGGCCCACAUUGUGCCUCCCGUCCAGGAGGGAGACAGUCCUAUCAUGCUAGUUCUGUUCGGACACUGUCCUCUGUACGGUUACAUCAGCACAGUCCAGGAGUACAACAUCGUCAAGAACACGUGGAGCAUGGUGUCUACAGACGGUGCGCUGGUUCAGGGCGGCUACGGCCACAGCAGUGUUUUCGACCCCGGCACCAGAGCCAUCUACAUCCACGGAGGCUACAAGGCCUUCAGCGCCAACAAGUACGGCCUGGCUGGAGAUCUGUACAAGUUCGACGUGGACAAGAGGAAAUGGACCGUUCUGAGAGACAGUGGCUUCUUCCGAUACCUCCACACGGCGGUGAUAGUGAGCGGAACGAUGCUGGUGUUUGGAGGAAACACACACAAUGAUACAUCCAUGAGCCACGGUGCCAAGUGCUUCUCUGCCGACUUCCUAGCCUACAGUCUGGCAUGCGAUGAGUGGACGGUGCUACCUCGACCGGACCUUUACCAUGAUGUCAACCGCUUUGGGCACUCUGCAGUCUUCAGUGACAGUGUAAUGUACGUAUUCGGUGGCUUCAACAGCCUGCUGCUCAGUGACGUCCUCAUGUACACCUCGCCCAGCUGCCUGGCCUUCUCCAACCAGGCGUCUUGCAACCAGGCCUGGCCGGGGAUCCACUGUGUCUGGAACAGCACCCAGGGGACCUGCCUGCCCUGGGAGAGCAACACUGUCGCACCAGAGCAACAACAGCUUCCAGCUUCCUGUAACACACGAUCAUAUGCUGACAACGAGAGGUGUGACCAGUAUACAGACUGCUACAGCUGCACCGCCAACACAAACGGCUGCCAGUGGUGUUCAGGCCAGUGUGUUUCUCUUGGAAGCAACUGUACCGCUGCCACGGGGGCCAUAUCGGAGUAUGAGGUUUGCCCUAAGGACAACCCCUCCUAUGUGUGCAACAAGAAAACCAGCUGCAAGAGCUGCGCUGUGGACCAGAACUGCCAGUGGGAGCCUCGCAACCAGGAGUGCAUCUCACUGCCGGAGAACGUGUGCGGUGAAAGCUGGCAUCUGGUGGGCAACUCUUGUCUGAAGUUCAUCACAGCGAAGGAUUCGUACGAUAACGCCAAGCUGGCCUGCAGGAGCCACAACGCUGUCCUAGCCUCGCUCACCACGCAGAAGAAGGUGGACUUUGUCCUGAAGGAGCUGCAGAUAAUGAGCGUGGUGUACAAGGCCACAGUGACACCCUGGGUGGGGCUCAGGAAAAUCAACGUGUCGUACUGGUGCUGGGAGGACAUGUCGCCCUUCACCAACACAACCCUGCAGUGGCUUCCCGGUGAGCCGAGCGACGCUGGGUUCUGCGGCUAUUUGGCCGAGCCGGCGUCCAGCGGACUGAAAGCCCAAACCUGCAUCAGCCCGGUGAACGGGAGCCUCUGUGAACGGCCAGCCAACCACAGUGCCAAGCAGUGCCGGACGCCAUGUGCCAUGCGAACCACCUGCAGCGAAUGCACCAGCAGCAGCUCGGAGUGCAUGUGGUGCAGCAACAUGAAGCAGUGCGUCGACUCCAACGCCUACGUGGCCUCCUUCCCCUUCGGACAGUGUAUGGAGUGGUACACAAUGAACACUUGUCCACCGGAGAACUGCUCCGGAUACAGAACAUGCGGCCAGUGUCUGGACCAGCCGGGCUGCGGCUGGUGCACCGACCCCAGUAACACAGGAAAAGGUCAGUGUAUAGAGGGCUCGUACCGCGGGCCUUUCCAGACCUCGGUACCGGCCCCGUCCACCCUGCCUGGCCUGCCCGCCAGCCCCCAACCGGCCCUCAACGCCAGCAUGUGUCCCAAUGAGGCGAAAUACAACUGGUCCUUCAUCCACUGUCCAGCUUGUCAGUGCAACGGUCACAGCCAGUGUGUCAACGAGAGCGUGUGUGAGAAGUGCGAGGACCUGACAACCGGCCGACACUGUGAGAGCUGCAUCUCCGGCUUCUACGGAGAUCCGACCAACGGGGGCAGCUGCCAGCCCUGCAAGUGUAACGGCCACGCCAGCAUGUGCAACCCAAACAACGGCAAAUGCUUCUGCACUACCAAGGGCAUCAAAGGAGAUCGCUGCCACCUAUGUGAAGUCGAGAAUCGUUACCAAGGCAACCCCCUCAAAGGAACAUGCUACUACACGCUCCUCAUUGACUACCAGUUCACCUUCAGCCUGUCGCAGGAGGACGACCGCUACUACACCGCCAUCAACUUCGUGGCCACACCAGAGGAGCCAAACCGAGAUCUUGACAUGUUUAUAAAUGCAUCCAAGAACUUCAACCUGAACAUUACCUGGGCCACCAGCUUCACCGCAGGAACCCAGACCGGAGAAGAGAUUCCUAUCGUCUCCCGGAGCAACAUCAAGGAGUUCAAAGACAGCUUCUCCAACGAGAACUUUGAUUUUCGGAACAGCCCAAACAUAACAUUCUUUGUCUACGUCAGCAACUUUACAUGGCCCAUUAAGAUUCAAAUUGCCUUCUCCCAGCACAGUAACUUCAUGGAUCUGGUGCAGUUCUUCGUCACGUUCUUCAGCUGCUUCCUGUCCCUGCUCCUGGUGGCCGCCGUGGUUUGGAAGAUCAAACAGAGCUGCUGGGCGUCACGGCGACGAGAGCAACUGCUGAGGGAGAUGCAGCAGAUGGCCAGCCGGCCUUUCGCCACCAUCAACGUCGCCUUGGAGACGGACGAGGAGCCGCCUGACCUGAUAGGAGGAAACGUCAAGUCCGUUCCAAAACCCAUCGCCCUCGAGCCUUGCUUUGGCAACAAAGCCGCCGUGCUCUCCAUCUUUGUGCGGUUACCCAGGGGUACCGGUGGCAUCCCUCCUCCAGGACAGUCUGGUCUUGCCGUGGCCAGCGCACUGGUGGACGUCUCUCAGCAGAUGUGUGUGGGCUACAAGGAGAAGUCUGGAGGCCUGAGGAACCGCAAACAGCAGCCCAGCGCACAGCCAUCCACCUGUAUCUGACCACGCCCCCUGUCCUCCCGUACCACCCCGCCACCUAACGCUUUCCCAUCAGCCCCCUGCCUCUGCUCCCUCCUUCAGAGACUUCCGCCAGCUCUGCUCUGGCAGGGAGAGGUGCAUGCUGGGACGCAGGACUGGAACAGUUCGGGGAGGGGACGAGUCAUCUGGCGAACUGAGGCCUCAGUGGGCUUCCCCUCCCUCUACUCCUACGGGAACUUGUGGUCCCCUUGAACUGAAUGACAGAAACUGGACACAGAAGGGGGAGCAGGGGAGGGAGGGAAGGACAGAGCGGGUGCUGCCCCCCCCCUACCCCCA